AUGGACCGAGCUUGCAAUUACGACUCGGCUCAGCAACUGGAUGCAUUAACGUCGAAAUCAUCCUCAAGGCUCCGCUUGAGUGGUGAUUGGUCCCGAGUCAAUCUAUCAAAUCCUGAUCCUUCAGCCAUGAACGCACGCCUCGCUGACCGAAAGGAAUCAUCUCAAGUUGAUAUAUCAGAACAGUCUUCAGAUGUGACGAUUCCAACUUCAAGAUCUCGGGUUUCAAACCCGGCCACUACCAUCGUUGCUCCAGUGCCCAUCAAGCCUGAGGUUCAACCAAGCUCAACAAUCCCAUCAAUAGUCCUGCCCACAAAAUCUAGGACAGCACCCGUCGCAAUGAAAACCGAACAGCGGAGUCCCUUCCUCACCAUUCUCCCCCACGACAUUCACUACAUUCUUGCAGUGAAAUACCUAGACUUCGACACGCUCCUCGCACUCCGCCAAACGUGCAAAACAAUAUUGUCUCUGCUGGACCCGGACCUCGUGCACCGGAUCCGGUCGGCACUCGUGCAGAAGUCCCUCGACAAUGAAAUCAAACGAUUCCGCGAGUACCGCACCAUUUACCCGCGGCAACGGCUCGGAGCGCUGUGGGAUCUCCUGUACGCAGCGUUCGACUUUCGACUAAUCGAGCGGCCUGCGAAAGAACUCUGCUGCUACGGUUGCCUGGAGGUGAAGCCGCUAUGGUGUUUCGUGGAGCGCAUGAGCAACAAAGGCACGGGUCUAGGUGCGAAAUCAGCCCGCGACCGCGUCUGCAAGGACUGCAUGCGCCGAUAUCGCGACAUCGAGGGUCAGUGGUGGAAGGAGAACUGGGUCAAGAAGAGCGAGACGGUGCGGAAAUCCAGUCGACGCACACGAGUCAAACGCUGGGCGCUGGAAGGCCGGAGUCUCGUGAACCCCGAGGAGGAAAUCGGCGUGUGUUCGUGCUGUGGCAGUGGGACGUUCGAGUUGUGGUGGGGUUGCGUGACCUGUUUCGAGCUCGAGGAGAAGCGCCGCAGAGAGGAGGAUCUCAUGGAAUAUGCCGGGCUCGAGAGGCGACUUAUCGACAUGCUUGAGACGUGGCGCGCCAAAAGGGAAGCGAAGCGCAGAUCUCAGCAAUCGACGAGGGAGCGAAGGAGCAGGCGCUGGUGGAUGCCUCUACGACUGGAUCUGAACCUUCACUGGGAGGGCGGUCUCGCAGAGCGUCGGGCUGCACUGGCCGAGUGGAAAGAAAGCAGGAACCACAACGUGUCUUCGUCGUCAUCCACACCAGCAAUCGCCCACUCGAAAAAGACCUCCAGAACCGGCCUGCUCUCCUCAGAAGACACCGAGCACGACCCUCCCCGCUGGCGCGCCAUCGAGCAAACGCCGCUUCCCAAGAGCCGCCGCGAGGCACGGUGUUCCAGCUGCUGGGUGCCAAACUGUCCGCGACGCACAUACAUCCUGGGACUGGCAUAUGAGCGACCCCUGCCGCGCGAGCGUUGGUGCGGCGACUGCCAACAGAACUACAAGACGAGACAUGCCAGGAAACGCGAAAUCAAUCGCCGGCGUAGGAGGUCCCUGGGUCCUGACACGUCGGGCAUUUUCGGCGAUUCUUGGGACGGUGGGUUCGGGACGCUGUUUGAUGAGGUCGAGAGUUAA